UAGUAGAGAUUUGGAUUCUUGUAGAGCUUAAGAGAGUUAUUGGAUAUUUAUUGAGAGCGCAAUAUUUCCUUCCUUUUAACACGACUCAACUUUAUCCGACAAGAUUCGUUCGAUGUUGAUCAUAUGAAAGUUGCUAAAUUCGGCCAAGUAUAUGAGAGUUAUGAGGUCGAAGCGAAGGUUAAAAAAACUGAUGAGGUUUUACCACAAUCUAAAGAGCGAGAAACUCAUGACGAUGAUGUUAGAUUGGUAAUUUAUCAAGUACUCGAGAAUGCUCUCAACAGUAAAAACAUUGAUGGUAAGCAAUGUGUUCUGAGAGCAAUAUGCGAAACGUCUCAAUUGAUUUUCGAGCAUGAAAGUGGACUUUUGGGUGGAAUAUUUCACGUUCUAUUCGUACCAUCAACCACCCACGUAAAAAGAAACAAAAACGAUUACAUUUUAGCUGAAGAACUUGGCCGGAAUAAUGAUGAAUGUGAAAAUGUGUUCAGUCAAUGCAAUUACUCGUUGUUAUAUGUUUUCAGUCAAAUUGGGUGAUAGAAUGUCCCUUAGAAUUUACAAUGUAAUUGAAUAGCAAUAAAAAAGGAAUUAAAAAAGUC